CCGCCCAUAUGUCCAUCCGAAGGAAAAAAAACCCUCGCCGCAGCAUCCACAGAACAAAACCCUCGCCCUUCGUGUCCCGCCGGCUGCUAUGGUAGACGUAGUCGUCGGCGAACCCGCAAUAGCAGACGAAGAGGAAGUUCGAGGGCCAGAAGAGGAUUUGUCCGAGGAGUCUUGGUCUUCCGAGUCGGAUAUUGGGGAGGCCUUAGACUGGCUGGAUACGAGGGAAGGUUUCGAUGGCGACGGCUCAUCUGCCUCCUUCUCGGUUGCCUACAGUCACCGUCCCAACGCCCAUGGUGGGAUUCAAUCUCGUCCUUUUCAACCCGUCUCCAACCGCAGCCAGAAAUGCACCUCUCGUAUUCGGGCUAAUCCUUUAGAGGAGUGGGAAGGAAGAUUGGACGUGGGUAUGUCAAAUUUGGUGACAACUGCUAUCAGGGAAAGUGUGAGGGAUAUGGCAAUAGGAAGAACCCGGAAUACAGAAAAAGCUGAUCGAGCUACGGUUGAACAGGCUAUUGACCCUAGAACUCGAAUGGUUUUGUUCAAGAUGCUGAACCGUGGAGUGUUUCAUGACAUCAAUGGUUGCAUUUCCACUGGGAAAGAGGCAAAUGUUUAUCAUGCGACAAAAGCUGAUGGUCAGGAACUUGCAGUCAAGGUCUAUAAGACAUCUGUUCUCGUUUUUAAAGACAGGGAACGGUACGUACAAGGGGAUUAUCGUUUCAGACAUGGAUAUUGCAAGCACAACCCUAGAAAAAUGGUAAAGACUUGGGCAGAGAAGGAAAUGAGAAAUCUCAUGCGAGUAAAAGCUGCUGGAAUCCGAUGUCCAACACCAUUGCUCUUAAGGCUUCAUGUUCUUGUCAUGGAAUUCAUAGGAAAAGCUGGCUGGGCUGCACCUCGCCUUACGGAUGCCGUGUUGUCUGAAGAUAAAUUGCGUGAAUGCUAUGUAGAGAUCAUUACAACAAUGCGAACAUUGUAUCAGAAGUGCAAAUUGGUACAUGGUGAUUUAAGUGAAUACAACAUACUUUAUUUUGAGGGUCACUUGUACAUAAUUGAUGUCUCGCAAUCAGUAGACCUUGAUCACCCUUCUACUAUGGAAUUUCUGAAGGAAGACUGUCUUCAUGUUUCAGAUUUUUUCAGAAAGCAUGGGAUUGCUGUCAUGACUGUUAUGGAAUUAUUUGAUUUUGUGGUUGAUGCAUCCCUUGCCGAUGAAGAUGUGGAUGAUUAUUUAGAAAAGAUUCAGCAAAAAGUUAUAGAAAGAGGAGAGAUGGUAAACCAAGAAGAUGAAAUCGAACCAACCAUUUUUGUGCAGACCCUUGAUUAUGUCAAGAAAUGCGAGGAAGAUUUAGUUCAGAUGGCUAUGCUCCAACGCCCAUCAAUGGCAUAUCAGCUAAAAGCAGAAGAGAUGUAUGACCAGCCUUUGUUAGGAUUUAUACAAACUCGAAAUGCAAGUAACCAACAGGAGCAGCAAAUUUCAAGCAAUGUUGGCGUCCCUCCAACUUUGCUAGAGGAUCAGCAGACUGAGCAACCCCUGCAAGUUAUUGAUGAAGCAGGGAGCGAUGAUGAAUCCAGUACAGACUCAGAAGAUGGUUCAUCCUUCGCUAGCGAGCACGAGAUGGGUCCUGAUGAGAAAAGAGCUGCUCGGAAAGAGCACAAGAAGAAAGUGAAGGAAGAUAAAAGAGAAGCAAGAAAGAAUAAGAAGCUUACCAAGGCUGAUAAGAAAAGAAGAAAGAAGUUGGCUAAAUCAAAGUGUCGGCGAUAACUUCAUACAAGUUUGGCAUCAUAAAAAAGAUGUUCGCUCAUAUUUUUUGUACCGAAAUUGUUCACGGUAUUGUGAUAUGUUUCAUUUUAGGAAUAUUCCUUUCUAAGAAAUUUUGUUCCAAGUGGUUGUAUGCUCAGCUUUUGUU